AGAAUGGGAUAACUACUAGCUGUGCCAGACACUAGAUUACUUGCGCAUUGCCAAAGCUGUGCUGUCAGGACUCCUGUCAUCCGCUCCCGCUCUCAACACGGGCCAUCCUCACUUACCGUCAUGUUUCCGAAUGUUCCAAUCUCGAUUGGCCGCAAGCGUGUUUUCGACUCUGUAUUCCCGCCGGCUCCAUUGAGUGCUGUCUCGCCUACGCCCGAUAUCACUUCCGCUCUUGGCUACACCCAGUCAUCCAGUCUGCAGAAGCGCCCAUCUACUCCCCGUUCAGACCCAGAUACGAUUCCUGAACAGGUGACCUGGGAUCGAGCAUGGCACACUGCGACUGCGUUCCUGUCGAUUCCAGACGAGAAGCUUAGUUUCAGCACAAAGGGGAGAAACGACGAUGACCUGGAUGAUAAGGAUUUGAUUAAGCGGUGGUCACGCGAGCAGCGACCGUCGCAGAGCAUUAUGGAUGCUCUCUUUUAUGUUAUAUCAGACUCGUCAGUAGGCAAGAAACUCCGAGCUGGCUUAAAGGAGUACGAUUUACAAGCGUGGUAUGCGAACGAGGUUCGGAGGCAUUUCUUGACUAAUUUUCGAGACACCCUUAUCAAGGAGCUUAAAAAAAGAGGCCAAGAGGGAGUGCUCCCGCGAAUAAUUCGGUUGCUAAAGAUCGCUCAAAAUAUAUACUAUACCCCCUUUCUUAAUCAUAUUCUACCCCUAUCAGAUCCUACAUCCCAUGAGGAUGCCUUCACAAGGUUACAGCAAUGUCUGCAUUCAAUUGUCACAUACUCUUUACAGAACCCUGACUUUUCAUAUCUACUUUCUGAGCGAUUGGCCACCGAAGGUCUUGUGAUUCUUGGAAUUGAGCGCGAUAUCAAAGACAAGAUCGCCUCUGCAUAUUCUCCCGUAGACGGGCAUGGUGAAGAUGAGAUGGACAUUGACCCCGUUUAUUCAAUAUCCUACAGGGCCUGGAAAACUGAGCCGUCAGCCAGGCGCCGGAUAAGUAUGAUGACAGAUGGCGAGGACGCUAACAUUACUGCAGCACGUGAAAAACUGCUCAGUUUGCUUGAGGGUGUUCAAGACGUUGGGCUCGGUGGAAGUAAAGCCCAGAAGGUCUUUGCAGAGGUAAUGAAUAACCUUAUUACCGAAUUUAUAGCCGCUGAAUACGCAGGAGAAUGGGAGUCGCCGUCUCUUGUGGUUGAACAUUUGCGGCAAUGGAUUGAAAACGUUUUUGCUCGGCUGGCCGUUCAAGUGCUGCACAUAUUCAAGCCAUCAGGCAUUGAAGAUGAACAGCCAGAUGACCUUAUAGUAACGCUCAAUGAUGUGGAGAGAUGGCAAGAAAUUGGCCUCGCCCGAUUGGGUGCACUUCGAAUUAGCGAACUGUUUGAAAUUAUUGUCGAAUGGGAUGCUAGUGCCGGUGCCAUUGAGGACUUGAAACACUAUACCACCAAUCCCUCCACACGGUUUUACCUCACCAGUACGUUCUCUGCAACGCUCAUGAAUCGACUUCUCCAUCCCGGAGCCUCCACAGUUGACAUAUUACAACUGUACAUUUCAAUUAUCCGCGCCUUUCGUCAGUUAGAUCCAAGAGGAGUUCUUCUUGACCGAUUAGCUCGCCCUAUUCGCCGAUAUCUCCGAGAACGCGAUGACACAGUUAAAGUCAUCGUAGGAGGGCUACUCGAAAGUACCGUGGACUCUGCUGGGAAGCCAAUUCAAAGCAGUCCCGACGGCCUAGGAGAGCUUGCAGCCGAGCUUUCGAAAGCGCAGCAGAUGGCCCACCAAGAAAAUAGCGGGGAGCUUGACUGGGACGAUAUGAACUGGAUUCCAGACCCGAUAGAUGCGGCUGCGGACUACAAAAAGGCCAAACAUUCCGAUGUUAUUGGCAGCCUUAUCAGUCUUUUCGAUACAAAGGAAGUCUUCGUCAAGGAGCUUCAGCGGGUUCUUAGUGAUCGAUUACUGAAGAAGAAGAAAGACUAUGAUCUUGAAAUAUCUGUACUGGAGCUGUUGAAAUUGCGAUUUGGUGAAGCUGCCCUGCAAGCUUGCGAUGUUAUGAUGCGUGAUGUCUUAGAUUCAAAGCGCGUUGAUGCCGUGAUACGGGCUGAUCAAAAGCUCGAGUCCAAGCAAGAGCAUGCGCACUCUAUGGGCCGUGAUACGCUUGAGCAUGUACCUGAACUGAACUCGAAGAUCCUUUCGCGUUUAUUCUGGCCGUCACUAUCAGAUCAGAAUUUCAAGGUUCCCGAGGAAAUUUCUUCUCUACAGGCUCGAUAUUCUACAGGCUUUGAAACACUAAAGCCAUCUCGCAAACUUACUUGGCUUAAUAGUCUAGGGGCUGUCACCGUUGAACUUGACCUUAAGGACCGGGUAUUUAGCGAUGAAGUCACUACCUGGCAAGCAAGUGUUAUUUAUUCUUUCCAAUCACCUUCGUCUACCUCAGAUUCACCGGUCACAAAAUCCGUCUCUGAACUCGCUGAGCAACUGGAAAUGUCUCCAUCUCUCGUCCGCAGCGCCUGUCUGUUCUGGCUAAGUAAACGUAUCCUUACGGAAUCCGCACCAGAGGUUUACUCUGUCCUCGAAACGCUUCCUGAUGACGAAGAAAGCUCAUCCCAACCUGUUGGAGCGCAGGAAAGAGACAAGACGGCCAGCACUUCGGACGCCUCCGCUGCCGCCGCUGCUGCUAAGGCUGAGGCGGAGCGCGAAUCCGCCGAAGCGGCUGCCAUGGCAAAAAUGAACCUUUACUGGCAGUUUAUUGUGGGAAUGUUGACCAAUCAAGGCGCAAUGCCUCUUCAACGCAUUAUUAUGAUGCUGAAGAUCGCUGUGCCUGGAGGCUUCCCAUAUAGUAGCGAGGAGCUGAGAGAAUUUCUUGGCAAAAUGGUUGCGAAGGGGAAGCUGGAGAUGAUUGGAGGUGGUAAUUACAAGAUCAUCAGUGCAUGAUGCCUUGAGAAGGUCGACGUUCCCAGCUUAGCUUAUCAUGUUAUUGUUAUGUAUCUGCUGUUUUGUCAGCAGAGACUGUGUGUUGGCCGUGGUAGUGAUGACAUGAUUCCCCCCAUUUUCGACUUAACAGCGUCGAUGUCAAUAUCUCCGAUACACCCCCAAAUGGAUAUUCCCGAUGCUUGUAUGAGUUUGCGACAUUCGGAGCUUAGGAAGAAAUGCAUGAAGGUGUAUCAUUUCUAACCUUCGCGC